AUUACUUUUGUGUAUUACGAUGGUAGGGUUGUCCAUGGCGACCAAGGUGCCAUAUUCGAAGGUCGGAGAAGGUCCAUGCAUCUGAAGCGCAACAUUACCUUCGACCGUUUGAAGAAGAAAAUCCACGAAAGGUUGAAGCUGCAAAGGAACCAGAUGAUUUCUAGAGUCAGCUCUAGAUUUAUGACGACACUGAAUCCCAUUUUUUUUACGCAUUUUGAGAUAGUUGAUAAUGUUGAUGUUCAAGUCAUGAUGGAUGCAUUUAGUCUGCAGUCAUAUAUGGUUCAGCUGGAGCUGUAUGUUGAAGUUACUGAAGCUGGAAGUUCAUCAAUGCCAGUGCCGACGUAUCCGUCGUCUACUCAACCGACACCCACUGAAGACGGUGGUAGACAUGUUGUUGAUGAGGAGCUUCUUGCAGAACCAUAUACUGUGCCUUUUAGCGUUAUGAGUAUUGAAGAGUCCAAUAUCGUCGUUCCUUCGGAUGUCGCAGUUAAUUUGAGCGAUGAUUAUGACUACCGCCUUGACAAUGAUAAUGUGGACGGUGAAGUCAUUCCUUCAGACGAUGACCACAAUGAAGAUGAAAGAAUGCAAGAAGGAGGUGACGAGUCUGACACAGACGAAGAGGGAGACCGACACGCUAAUCCUCAGCCUCAGAUGGCACCUCAUCCUGCUGAUCAACCCGCGGCACCAGUGAAUGUCAAUGUUGAAACCCAAGGCCACCCAAACACGGCCCCAUUCUGGAGUGCUUCUUCACAUUAUACAUAUAUUAACUGGGAUCACCCAGAUGAAGAAACUGAUUUUUAUUCUGAAACGGAUGUGAAUGGAUCAUGGAAGCUUGGCGAUGACUUAUGUAAAGGUUUGAUUUUUGAAAACAAGCGUGCUGUACAGGAUGCCCUGUUACACUAUUGUCUUAGACUAAAUCAAACUUAUAAGAUGAGUGAAUCCAAGCCAGAGUACUUUACUGCAAAGUGUCAGAAAUCCGUAGAUGGAUGCCCGUGGAGGAUAAGGGCACAUCUAUCCAAGAAAAUUGGUAAAUGGACCAUAUCCAAAUGGGGGGGGGGGGUUCGCAUACGUGCUUAAAUGCGAUGACUUCUCAAGACCACAAGAAGAUGACGUC